ACGUGGACGUGGACGUGGACGUGGACGUGGACGAGGACGAGGACGUGGACGUGGACGUGGACGUGGACGUGGACGUGGACGUGGACGUGGACGUGGACCUGGACGUUAACGUGGACGUGGACGUGGAGGACAUGGACGUGGACGUGGACGUGGACGUUGACGUUGACGUGGACGUCGAAAUGGACGUAGACGUGGACGUGGACGUGGACGUGAACGUGGAGGUGGACGUGGACGUGGACCAUGACGUGGACGUGGAUGUGGACGUUGACGUGGACGUGGACGUGGACGUGGACGUGGACGUGGACGUGGAAAUGGACGUGGACGUGGACGUGGAAAUGGACGUGGAGGUGGACGUGGACGGAGACGUGGAGGACGACGUGGACGUGGAGGACGUGGACGUGGACGUGGACGUGGACGUGGACGUGGAGGACGUGGACGUGGUCGUGGACGUGGUCGUGGACGUGGACGUGGACGUGGACCUGGACCUGGACGUUGACGUGGACGAGGACGUGGACGUGGAUGUGGAGGACAUGGACGUGGACGUGGACGUGGACGUGGACGUAGAAGUGGACGUGGACGUGGACGUGGACGUGGACGUGGACCUGGACGUGGACCUGGACGUGGAUGUGGACGAGGACGAGGACGUGGACGUGGACGUGGACGUGGACGUGGACGUGAACGUGGACGUGGACGUGGUCGUGGACGUGGUCGUGGAUGUGGACGUGGACGUGGACCUAGACCUGGACGUUGACGUGGACGAGGUCAUGGACGUGGACGUGAAGGACAUGGACGUGGACGUGGACGUGGACGUGGACGUAGAAAUGGACGUGGACGUGGACGUGGACGUGGACGUGGACCUGGACCUGGACCUGGACGUUGACGUGCACGUGGACGUGGACAUGGACAUGGACCUGGACGUGGACGUGCACGUGGAGGUGGACGUGGAGGUGGACGUGGACGUGGACCUGGACAUGGACGUGCACGUGGAGGUGGACGUGGACGUGGACCUGGACAUGGACCUGGACGUGGACGUGGAGGACAUGGACGUGGACGUGGACGUGGACGUUGACGUGGACGUGGACGUGGACGUGGACGUGGACCUGGACGUGGACGUGGACGUGGACGUGGACGUGGACGUGGACGUGGACGUGGACGAGGACGAGGACGUGGACGUGGACGUGGACGUGGACGUGGACGUGGACAUGGACGUGGACGUGGAAGUGGACGUGGACGUGGACGUAGAAAUGGACGUGGACGUGGACGUGGAUGUGGACGUGGACAUGGACGUGGUCCAGGAGCUUGCCUGGUCCAGGAGCGUGCCUGGUCCAAGAGCGUGCCUGGUCCAGGAGCUUGCCUGGUCCAGGAGCGUGCCUGGUCCAGGUGCUUGCCUGGUCCACGAGCUAGCCUCUUCCUAG